ACCUUAUUUGUGUACAUGUUUGGAGAAGAAAAAGAGAAAACCGAGCAAAAACAAUGUGUUCUCCUUCGGUAAACAUGAAUAAUUUUUAAAGAAUGUCAGUAUGGCUAUGUGCUAGCGAGUGCGCAAAUAGUUUUGCACUGUGUUACAUUGCCCCUGUACUUUGUCAUGAACAUGAACAUUAUUUGAAAUUAUUAAAAAAAGGGAGGGCACAUAAUAAAACUGUUACUGACGCAACUGUAACCAAACUGAGUGUAUAACAUUUUCGAUUUAAUUAUUUUUCUUUCAAUUUGAACUUCGUUUUGACGCAACUUGAUUAUUUGAGCACAACUUUUAUUUUAUUGAAUGGAAUAUCCCAGCAGUCCCAUAAUGCAUCAGUACCAAUAUGGCGGCCAGGAGCGGAAAAAAAAAUUUGAUUGACGAAAAUACGUCAUAUGUAAGUAUUCAUCCUCUACUUCACAUCAAGAGGGCUGAUUUCUGACUGGCAACUCUUAACACUACCUUCAAGAACUUGUAGUUUGUGAAGAGUGGAGACCUGUGUUAGGAUGGACGUAGCGGAGAGUGUGGUGUGUUCUCACUGUAACACACGUGUGUACAGACAGUGGUUAGUGGACCAUGUACAACAGGAACUGCUGGAUGAGACCACCUGCCGCCCUUGUUCAGACGUCGUGCAGACGCUGACCGACUUACUCUGUGCCCUGCACCUGUACGGACACCUGAAAGCACCUGUCAUCAACAUCACCUGCUCCAGGUGCUGCUUCAAGGCCGGCAGUGUGAAGAAGUUUGUCGAGCACCUGCAGGCCAGGUGUGAAGAGGGCAUGCUCUCGUGUGAGGAUGCUGCACCUGCAAAGAAUACAGCUGCACCUGUAUCAGGUGACGAGAAAAGUAGCUUUACGUACAGAGUCAGCUAUCAGCCAGGCAGUGUGGAAGAAGGGAAAGGGGAGGGGGGCAGUUGUGAGAAGACAGUGGGUACCAGUUCGAUGGGAGAAUGGGACGGACAACAGUUUCAGCAGAUGAUGAGCACGCUAUUGACGGAUACGUCCGGAAAAGGACGGCAAAAAAUGAGCCCCAAGGAAGACAUAGGAGGACGCAACAAAGUGACGAUAGACAUGGCGUCUGUCUGUGAAGAUGAGGAGGAUGACACUGUCAGUGAAGAUGUUUUGAACUAUGAUGAACCUAAAAGUUUUUCCAGUCAAAGCCUGGAAGAGAACACAGCAAAUCAAGAUAACGACACAGACAUUUCAGAGACAAAAGCAAGCAAGGAAUGCAGUGAAGCUUCAAACAAAACAAAAACUAAGACAACUAGAGUUAGGAGGUCAAGAGCAAAGAAGCAGCAGCUUGAAAAUCUGUUAAAGUGCCACAUGUGUGGUUACUCUGACCAGAAGAAGGAUGGCCUGGAGUCCCACAUGUUGGAGACCCAUGGGAAGGUGGAGUACAGGUGUAAUAACUGUACCUUCAUGGCUAAGAGCCUGAGAAACCUGCGCAGGCAUCAGUUAGGACAUCAGAGGAUGCACGAAUGCAAGUAUUGUCAGUUCACAACUCGCUGGCAGAGGAACUUAAUUCUGCAUGAGAGACGUCACACAGGUGAAGGCAUGAUCAAAUGUGACCAGUGUGACUACGUCACUCCUAAGAAAGACAGCCUUCUCAGACAUCAAGUUAAGCAUUCAGGAUUGAAGCCAUUUGUCUGCGGACAGUGCAGUAAAACCUUCGCCCGCAAGGGUGACCUGAAACAGCACGAGCUGCGGCAUGCUGGGAUCAAGACGGCUAUGUGCCACGUCUGCGGAGACACGUUCUUUAAGAACUACGAGCUGGUGCACCACAUCCAGGCCAAACACGACGGACUCAAGCUGUACAAGUGCGACCAGUGUCCGUUUGAGACCGCAUACUUCCACUCGCUGGUCACCCAUGGCAGGGCCUAUCACACAGGGGAGAGGCCAUACAGGUGUGACUUUGAAGGUUGCAACUAUGGUUCAGCUAACAAGUCACAACUCAAUGUGCACAAGAGGAAACAUACAGGAGAAAAGCCAUUCAAAUGUACGAUGUGUAACUAUGCCUCUGCUGACAAUGCCGGUCUACGCAAGCAUGUGAGGAGACACUCCAACCUGCGGCCCUACAAGUGUAACAUGUGUGACUUUGACACCAAGCACAGUUUCCUCCUCAGAAAACACAUGGAGACUGCACACAACGUCAUGACCAACUGUAAAAUCGGCCGGCGACAGCUGGCCUCGAUCGUUACCACGGACGUUGGUUCUGUUAAGAACCAGGUGCCAAUGGAAGUUUUUAAUCAGGAUCUUAACACUGUUGUAGACCAUCAACUAAGUACCACAAAUAUAGAUAGGCAAGACAAACCACAGGAACUUGCCCACCAGAGCUUGUUUUAGAAUGGAACCAAUUUCUGUGCAAGAAAAACCCAAGGCUUUUAAACAUAGAAUUACAAACACAGGUGCUGGUAUUAUGUAGAAAAUGUAAAUAAGGGCAUUGUGCUAUAUGGCCCCAGUAAUGAGGUACUGUGUGAUUGGCUCAUUCCCCAGCAUAUGGUAAAGAGGUGCCAUGUGAUUGGCUCAUCCCUCACCACAUGGAAAUGAGGUGCCAUGUGAUUGGCUCAUUCCUCACCAUAUGGUAAUGAGGUGCCAUGUGAUUGGCUCAUUCCCCACUGUAUAUAAUAACGAGGUCACAGUGCCAAAUAAUCUGCAUGUAUCCAUAUAUGAGAUAAAGUGAUUGGCCCAUUGUUAUCCAAUCAGACAGCAGCAAACUAUGGCCAUUUAUCUAUGUGGAAUGUAUUAAUACCUCCCCCCUCCCUCAAUUUGCAACUGUAAAACAGGGGAGAUGUAUUUUGCUGUACAAUACAAUGGAAUUUGACAGUUAUAUGUAUUACAUUAUCAUGAGUAGACAGUCAUUGAUGUAUGUUAUAUAUGAUAUACACUACAAUAUUAGUGAAAACUCUAAUAAACAAUGAGUUGCAAUGUAGUACAUGUAUGUGUAACUAUUUUUAAACUCUGUCAUGUGCAAAUUGAAGUAUUUAUUACAUUGAGACUUAUGAUAGUAUUUGUAUAGAUACUUAAAGGUGCUUUAGUUUCUGUAUUUUGAGAUCACAGUUGUUUGAAAAAAAUGGAGGGACUAUAGCAACUUUGUUUGAAAUUACUCCUUGGCUCUAUGUGGAAAGAUUUUAUGAUUUAUACAGGAGUCAUUUGCACUUCCUUAUAAUCAUGAAUUCAGAUUUUAUUCAUGUUUAAUCACUUUUUCAACUUUUCCAGCUGUUCUAGUAUAGAAUUGAUAUGAUAUAAACAGAGCAAGAGAGUACAGAUAGCAAGAUGUUUAGUUUUAAUGUUAAUCGAAUGAAAACAUAUUGUUUUUGCUCUGUUUCCUCUUCUUCUCCGAACUAAAAAGGUCAAUGACCUGAACCAGACUCUGUU